GACGGAUUACGCGUGGGGGCUUCGCAAGGUUGCAAGAACACAGCAACUAGCAGCUUCUAAGCUGACUAAAAGUCGGGAAAUAGUUGACGAGGCUCCACACUGCAUUGCUGUCUCGCGGAUAUGACGUUUGCACGGUUGGGUGUCAGGAGCUAAGGGGAAGGGCCCACAGAUAUCUAUAUAUUAGAGCUGGAAGUGACGAAAGAGACACCGCGGUCACCGUCGAACAAUCAUCCAUCCGCUCAACCCUCGCGACAGUUCGCUUGACUACCUACCUCACUGCACCCAUCCCUAAACCCAAGAACCAUCCCAUAGCGACACCAUGUCUUUGCCGAGCACCCAGAAGCAAUGGCUCAUUCAGGGCACUGACAAGGGCUUUGACGGCCUGCUUUACCAAGACGCCCCAGUCCCUGCAGUCGGCGACAACGAGGUGCUUGUCAGGCUGCGCGGCGCGUCGCUCAACUACCGCGACCUGAUCAUUCCCCAGGGCAAGUACCCCCUGCCGCUCAACCUGCCGGUCGUGGCCGGCUCGGACGGCGCAGGCGAGAUCGUGGCGGUCGGCGCCAACGUGACCAAGUGGAAGCCCGGCGACCGGGUAGUCACGCUGUUCAACCAGGGCCACCAGCGCGGCGCGAUCGACCCGGUCGCCGCGCGGACGGGCCUGGGCGGCUGCCUCGACGGCACGCUGCGGCAGUACGGCGUGUUCUCGCAGGACGGCGUCGUGCGGCUGCCGCGGCACCUCGACUUCGUCGAGGGCGCCACGCUGACCUGCGCCGGCCUGACGAGCUGGAAUGCGUUGUACGGCCUGAAGAGCGUGCGGAAGGACGACACGGUGCUGGUGCAGGGCACGGGAGGCGUUAGCUUGUUUGCCUUGCAGUUCGCCAAAGCCGCCGGUGCGACCGUCAUCGCGACCACGUCGUCGGAGAAGAAGGCCGAGAUCCUCAAGAAGCUCGGCGCCGACCACGUCAUCAACUACCGCGAGGACCCGCACUGGGGCGAGACGGCGCGCAAGCUGACGCCCAACGGUGAGGGCGUCGACCAUGUGAUCGAGGUCGGCGGCGAAGGCACCAUGACGCAGAGCCUGCGUGCCAUCAAGAUGGAGGGCGUCAUCUCCGUCAUCGGCCUGCUGACCGGCGCGGGGUCCAAGGACAGCAUCAUGGAGACCCUCAUGCGGCUGUGCACCGUCCGCGGAGUGUAUGUUGGAUCGCGCGAGCAGAUGGAGGACAUGGUGCGCGCCAUUGAGGAGCACAACAUCCGUCCGGUCGUCGACGAGCACGUGUUCACGCUGGACAAGAUCAGGGAGGCGUACGACUUCAUGGUGAGUACACUCGUCUGUCGAUCUAGUUACGAAUGGGUUUGCUGACAAGACUGCAGUGGGCGCAGAAGCACUUCGGCAAGGUGGGCAUCAAGAUUGAGUAAGCGGCAACAGUGGUAGGUGAGAACAUGGAAUGAGUUUAUGGGAUACGAAGGAUUGUACGCUACGCCGAUCUACCAGUACCAGGAAGAAGGCGGCUAGAAAAUUGAUCUAAAACAGCGCUCGAAUGCAAUGUCCUACUACCACACCCUUUCCCUCUCGCUGCGAACCCCUUUAGACACCACGAGCCACUCA